GACUGAGGAGUUGAACUAAAUCAUGAUAUAAUCAUAGCUAGGUCUGGCACAAUUACUGUAUAAUCAUGUAACCAAAGAUUAUGGAUGAAGACCAUCAUGAAAAUACAAUAACCUCCGAUAACUGUAAAAAUUUAAAAAAAUUAAUAAACAGCCGGGCAUUCGUGCGGUUGAGUCUUUACAACGUGAUGAAACUUUGUUACGGCCGGCUGAAACAAUCAAGGUGUUGUAGCAAUGCCCCCUCCCUGCAGCAGCAGCACAUUCAGGGCCUAUUCCUCUGCCCAGGCGUUGCUGACGCCUUCCAAAUCUUACAACACCUGGAUAGGUAUUUUACCUAUAAGCUACCGCAUCCUAUGUUAUAGCAAUCUGGUGUCCAACGGCACAGUCGACGAUGUGGCACGUAACCAUUGGUUGAUGCAUGCAACGUCUUUGCAGGGGAGCGCAACCUAUGUCAGGAGCGGAGGCGGUAAGAACAUGUACGUAUUUAAAAAACAAAAUGCUAUUCAAACUAUUUUAACGGUGACCACGGUCAUUUGUCUAACCAUGGUCAUUUGUCUACGAUCAUUCUAUGACGGUCAUUUGUCUAACCACGGUCAUUUGUCUAUGAUCAUUCUAUGAUCGUCACAGCCCUGAAGGAGUGUGGAGGGAAGGUUGUUGAUGAUUAGUUAGAUGUGGCAGACUUAUGAGGCAAAAGGCCCAAGCAUUGCUUUGCCUCAGACAUUGAUGGGAUUACUUACAAUGGUUAAAAAAGCAUCAUACAAUAUUGUUUAAUUGCUCAGUCCUGGCAGCAUUAACAGCCACCACCCACUACCUCCCCCUUUUGCUUAGACAUAUGAUUGGACCUUUUCUGACCUGCGUACCCCAACUCCCUCAUAAACCUCUACUCUAUCAGAAACCCUCGGUGGAAGCCCACCCCUUCCUCACCUCCCACGCUCCUUUCUUUUCUCCUCUUCCCUUAAUCUCUUCCUCUAACAGACAGCCAACAGGACUUAGUUCCCUAAAGUUAUAUUUGCCUGGCUAGUCUACUUGGCUGCACUGGAGAUGUGUUUGUAGUUGAUUUCCUUUCUUGACAAGUGUAAGCAAUACGCUGAUGCCCAUCAUUUGACUGGCUUUAACUUGUUCAAUUGUUACAGAUCAGUGCAGACAGGUAGCUAGUCUAAAGAUCAGACUCUUCCUGGGUGGGGAUGGAUGAGCCACCUACCACUGAUGCAUUGUGUAAGAGGCAGGAACAUUGGUAUCCUGCUUUAAGAUACAGAUGACAUUUUUAUUGUCAUUAUCUACCCACCAGCUAGAGUUUCCAUUUAGGGUGUGCUGUUAUCUGUUGUGACACAAUGUCACAGGUGAUUGGCUGUUUUAUUGUUUACUAGUACUGUAUAAGCUCACAAAACUAACUGAUUUCCUCUGACUGGUUUCCUUUAACCCUCAUGAUGACAAGGAUGCAAACAUUGAUUAAGCAUUGGAAUGAUUAUCUUGAAAGGCCAGGGUUCAAGUGAACCCAGCCUGGAGACAGAAGUGAUGGGCUGGAGACUAGAGAGGUUUUGUUGUGGGUGGUGUGGGGCUGGAAGCUCCUCUGGAAUGUCACACAUUCUACAGUACCACUCUCUACUGCUGGACACCGAAUGGAAGGUUUGAUGGGUCUGAGCUGACUACCCAACACACAAGUCCACUGAGUGUACAACUUCUAUUACCUGAGACAGCCAUUAAGGUGAACUGCCUGGGAUCAUGUGGGGUCUCCAACAAAAUGAACGACAUGUCAUGGACACUGGAAGAGCAAUACUUCAGCAGCACACUGUCUGUAGCUGACAAAGGUACCCUGGCAGCUGGCGAGCACAGCUUCCCUUUUCAAUUUCUCAUUCCAGUGGCUGCCCCGACCUCCUUUGAAGGGCCCUUUGGGAAGAUUGUUUACCGUGUGAGAGCCGUCAUAGACACACCUCGCUUCUCCAAGGACUACAAGGCCCAGAGGCCCUUCUACCUACUAAACCUGCUCAACCUCAACCAAGUGCCCAACAUUGAGCAACCCAGUUAUGCUGUGACCACUAAGAGGUUCAGCUACCUCCUGGUGAAGACGGGCACCCUCAUGAUGAAGGCUUCCAGUGACCAGAGGGGAUACACACCAGGCCAGAUCAUCAGACUAGCCACUGAGAUCCACAACAAGUCAGGCAAGGACACGGGCUGUGUGCUGGCCAGCCUCAUACAGAAAGUGACUUAUAAGACCAAACGGGCUGUGUUCGACCUGCGGACCAUAGCAGAGGUAGAGGGGGCGGGAGUGAAGGCGGGGAAACACGCUGAGUGGCGGGAGCAAAUCAUCGUACCGCCCCUCCCACAGUCUGCCCUGGCCGGCUGCAGCCUUAUAGAGAUCGAUUACUUCAUCCAGGUAUCACUAAAGUCCCCCGAGACAGUUGUCACUUUACCCAUCUACAUCGGGAACAUCGCUGUCAACUUGAUCCCGUCACGACCUAUGCCCUCAACUCCAGCCCCAACAACCAUCAGCCCCAACCCCAACCCAGAAGGUGUUACCCCGAGCGCGCCCCCGGCUGAGGAGGACUUGGAGGAGGUGUUGGGUGCAGGGGGUUCAGUCAGCGAGGAGAUCCCCACAAAGAGUCACUCCCAGCAGGACCAAUCCGGCCAGCCCCCCACCAUGUCCCCCAGUGCAUUCAGCUAUGCUCCCGGUGUAGAUUUACCCCCCAGCCAGCGACGUGCCGAUGACACCUCGGCGCCUCUGUUCUGUGUGUCUACUGGGGCCACCAUCCCCUUCUUCACAGAAGGAAACGCCACCCCAGUACCCACGUCCUGUCCUCUCAUACUCCCCCCUGAGUACAGCACCUGGGACUUCACACAUGAACCCCCUCCCACAUAUGAGGAGAGCUGCAGCAGUAACAACUCCAGCUUCAACAACAGCAGACCGCAGGAGUGAGGACUGAGCAUAAUGCAGCUCACAACCACAAUUACACUCCCUAAAGGACCAAUAGGAUACUGCAACCCUUUCUCCAAGUGGACAGAACAUGCUCUCCUCCUAAAUAUUACUUUCAAAUAUAUUUUUUAAAGGGAUCAUAUCAGAUUUUGUAUUAUAGUUUAUACCCCCUUCUCCCUGGCUUAAAAGACCUGCUGUUAUAUAGAUGGAAUGAGAGCGCAAAUUCCCUGUGCAUAACAGGAGGACUUCAGAGACAACUUAUAGAAGGUAGGAUAUUCCAUAAUUGGAGUCUAUUGGAGACUAAACGUAGUGGGUAAUACAAAUUGUGAAUAUUCUUGCAUUGUUGACUUGAAAUUGUUGUAGGCCUGCUACUAUAUCUCCUUUUUCAUCCUUCAAACACAACCAAAAUCUGGCCUUUAUUGUAGUUUCCUUCCAAAUGUGCACACUACUGUAAUUCCGAUCCACUUCCACCGCAGUGGCUCCCUCUUUUGAUGAGUGGAGUAGGGGUGGCCUAGCUGGACAUGAGGUCCUUAGCAUGUCUACCCCCUGGUGGCCAUCAACGGAAGAGAAUGGAGCCUAUUGGAAAAGCUUCAGACCUUCACUAAAGUAUUGGAGUUCAAUGAUGCCUGCUGACGAAGAACAUACUCCAUCAACCUGUGAUCUACUGGCAAGGGGCUUCUGGAAUGUGCAUGUUAUCUUGUCACACCUCAUCAUCCUGAAACAGACAAGCGGGACAUUGUACUCUUGGGUAUGCAGGGGAACUGACGUAGCAAGGGUUGAUAUGCAUUUAUGACAUCUGAUGCAAACAACAACUUUUCUUUCACCUUCUUUACCCUGAAUAGAUGGAGAUGAUCUGUUGAUUUUCCCCAUGUGGCCUUAACUCAUUCUGUUCUACCUACAUUACUAUGUGCUGAUGAAGACAGUUGUCUUCAGGGUUGCUGUUGCUGUUGAAAUGGCAGUCAAUGCUGAUCAAAUGUGUUGGUGUGACAACCAACAGUGUUAAAUGUUCAAGCACAAGACAGCACUUUUUGACAGUUUGAAAACUGUGCAUGUAUAUGUUUUUGUGUGUGAAUGAGUAUAUAGUGUACCAGUUAGUGUGUGAAUGAGUAUAUAGUGUACCAGUUUGUGUGUGAAUGAGUAUAUAGUGUACCAGUUAGUGUGUGGCUGAUCGCCCCUCCUGUCUUUGAUAGUUGAUAGCGCUGGACAUCUCAAUUUGAAAGCCAAACAUCAGGCAACAUCAUCCAAUCUGUUUGUAUGAGUGUUUGUUUUGUGUCUGUCUUGUUUCUGUUUCAAUUGCAGCAUCCUUUUUUAUUUAUAAGCCAACCUCAUUGUGGCUUUAUGUAUUCACAGAGUUGUAUGAAACAACCUUUAGCACCUGCUGUGGGAAUACAUGUACCGCCAUCCCUCCUCAAAUGGUAGCCUAUAUAGUACAGUCACAGCCUUUACUACCAGAAAAUAGAUUGCAGAUGAUAUUGGGAAUUGAUCUAUACAAAUGUUUGAUUUGUAUUUGACCUUUAUUUAACUAGGCAAGUCAGUUAAGAACAAAUUCUUAUUUUUAAUAAGGUAUCAGCUCUGAAAGAACCAUCGAAAUUACACCUCUACUGUAUUUGCCAUGUGCUAUUCCGUUAUCUCCAAGAUUGCUACGGCAGCUUGGUUCUCGAGUCAUUUCAGGCUGCCUUUAUCAAUCCUACCCCAUUGUUUGUAUUUCUCUUCACGAAAGUACUAUAGCUUUAUAAAUUCCGACAUGUUUUUCAUUGUACAUUCUUUUCCCCUCACAAAUGAGUGUGUGGUUUUGUAUUUUUCUAUUUGUAAACAGUUUUCUGGUGCAUAUGGUAGCCAUUUGAGAGAGAAACAAUAUUCUGAAAAAUAGUAGCAUCCUGGUUAAUCAAUGUAAUAUUUCAACUUGUUGUAAAUCCAAAUUGUACAGUGUACCAAUAAAAUGAUCUGCCAUA